UUCAGAAGUUACCUUGAAUGCUCUCUCAGAUGGUGGUGGUGACAUUACCACUAUGCCAGUCAGGAUCCCCAACAAUUGGGAAGACAAAUCACCCGAUGAUCCUGUUCGUGCCCAUGUUCAGGCAUACAUUGCUGCAAAGGAUAGUGGCCAAUUUCCAUAUUCCGCUGAACCCAUCCACCCCCUUCCAACUCAGACACCCAUGUCCAAUGCCCCCAUCUAUCUUGGUCAAUGGGGUCCUGUCACUGUGCUCAAUCCAGCACCCGCAUAUGCCAGUGCAAUCCAUCAGCCUUCGUCCCACACUGAACCACCCACAGUGGGGUCAGCCCCUGGGCCAGCAGCUGCAUCGAAGGACAACAAGUUAAAGGGAAAACAAAAAGAGAAACUUAAUGAGAAGGGCACGAAAGAAUUUGAGUAUCAAUUCAUGUUGAACAUGAUGGAUCUGAAGAAAGAGAAUGAAACAGUCUAUCUUCCUGACUCGAAAUCCCAAUCAGCGCAAGAAGUGCUUGAUGAGAUUUUAGGCAGGAUGAAGGUGGAACUCUCUGUCCACCAGAUUGGAUAUCGUCUGUCUGAUGAGAAGGAAUGCAUCUUCACUCGGAUUCAUGAUGUGAAAGAUUUUGCUCAUGCAAUUGAGGCUCAGUAUGAUAUUCAAUCCCGAGCAUACAAGUCAAAGAAAUUACGCAUUAUUAACAAGGAUGCAGUCAAAAAGGAGUUUAAAUGCGUGGCAAUCAAGAAGCGCUGCACAGCCACAGCCUCGACUGUCAUGCAGCACUCAUCCACACAUCAAUCAAUUUAUGAAGAACUCUGGUGGUUCCCACACCCGGAGGUGGCCAUGAUCUGCUACCCCUCCAUCUCUGACACUGAUGCUGGCCAAGCACAGGAAGCCUCUUGGUGA